AUGGCAGAAUUGGCUCCCCAUACUAGGGUGUGGUCACUGAACUUUUAUGCUCAUUUUCUUUCAGAGAUGCUCUUGCCCAUUCUGAAGCACGAGGAGCAGCAUUGUGCUGAAUCCAAAGUGACUCCGUUUUAUUAUGAGCUUUGUGCAGCCACAUAUCCAGCUGUGAAACUACAAGACGAAACCCUCACUUAUCUAAAUCAAGGUCAGUCCUAUGAAAUCCGUAUGCUUAACAGAAAACUAGCCGAGUGUAAAGGUAUACGCUGCAAAUAUAUUAAGAGUAUUGUGCGUGUGGUGUUUCAUGACCGACGACUUCAGUACACAGAGCACCAACAGCUGGAGGGAUGGAGAUGGAACCGACCAGGAGACAGAAUCUUGGAUUUAGAUGUCCCUCUGUCAGUUGGGAUCGUGGAUCCUCAAGCACAUCCAUUGCAGCUUAAUACCAUACAGUUCCUCUGGGAUCCUCUGUCAGUAACUUCUCUGUCUCUUCAUAUGCAGGUUAACUGCAUUAGCACCGAAUUUACUCCUAGAAAACAUGGUGGAGAGAAGGGAGUCCCCUUUCGCAUUCAGAUAGACACCUUUGCAGCCAGCGAGCAGGGGGAAUAUGUUAAAUAUAUGCACUCUGCCAGCUGCCAGGUCAAAGUAUUUAAGCCAAAAGGUGCAGAUCGCAGACUCAAGAAUGACCAAGAGAAAAUUGAGAAAAAAAGUCUGCAAGAUGGAGAGAAAUAUCAACCCUCCUAUAAAACUACUGUGCUUACUGAGUGCUUCCCUUGGCCUGAAGCCCCAUCUAUCAACAUUACAAGAAACACUCCAUCUCCUGUUUAUCCCAGCAGUCCUGCUUCAUACAGCUUUCAAGAGGGGUGUGUGUUGGAGGACAUGGAUGAUGCUAUGCUCAUUACAGGGAUUCUUUUUAUUUUUGCCAUGUAUUUGCAUCGUAAUAGGUUCUCAUCUUUCUGCAGGAUUUUCUCUGGUUUCUUAGGUUCUGAUUUGCUAAAAAUGAGCAGAGACGACUUCAUUCAGAUCUGUGGGCCUGCUGAUGGAAUCUGUCUUUUUAAUACAAUCGAGGGGGUGCGUACAACCACGUCUCACUGUCUAUGUAUCUCAGCUGCAGAAUACUGUAGAUAUCAACCACAUGCCAAAGGAGGGGCUGAUGGGGUCUACCAUGCCCUCUACCUAGUGGACCUUACUGUGUUUGAGCUCACUGAGAAGAUAGCCAAUCAAUAUAAUGUGUCCUCACAGCAGAUUCAUCAUCUAUACAGACAAGGGCCGACGGGGAUUUACAUCUUGGUAUUUGUUCAGAUGGUGCAGAACUUCACAGAGGAGACCAGCUUUAUAAUCAGCACUUUAAAAGAUGAAAGUAAUGAUGGUUACCAUGUUGUACUGAAGUGACCAGCUACUAGAAAAUUAUGAAUCAUAAUAGCUAUUUAACACACUGUGUGAUUUUAAGUUGUAUAUGACCUGCAAGAAUGUGAUGUGAAUAAACAGAGAAGAGCUUUGUAUAACUAUACACUUCAGGGUUUUUUUAAAGAGAAAAUGUUGUCAAAGUUGGUAUAUAAAAUGUUUAAUUAAUUAUAAUAUUAAUUAUUGUUGCACUUUUUUAUGUUUUGUCAUUUAGAAGACAUUUUGAUAAAUGAUGAUGAGCACACAGUUGACGGGAUCCAUUGACUUUUAUAGUAUUUGUUUAUCAUAUGGAAGUUAGUGUUGAUUGUGUUCCUAUUAUCCUUUAUUUAAAUAUCUUCUUUUGUGUUGAACAGAAUAAAAAAACUCAAACAGUUUUUAAACGAUGCAAGUAAAUGAUGACAGAGUUUAAUUUUGGGUGAACUUUCCCUUUAGUGAUUGCUGUGGACAUUUGUAUUAAAUCCUUAGCUUCUUUGUUUGUGAAGUUUGUGUUUUUCUGUUGUAACUUUUCUUUUUAUAAAAAUAUUUUUUCAAAUAGAUAUUUGUAUACUACUAACAUCCAAGCAAGCUGUUUGUUUGGUGACUUUUUCUUCAUAAAAUACAUAAAAACA